GUGCGUGAAUUGGCAUGCAAUUGUGUGAGUUUCCAACAAGAGUGCAAGAAGCAAUGAAUUUCAUAAGACGCAAAAGUGAUAAAAAUUAUCAGUUUUCGUGCUCAAGUCGAGUCCCAGUGAUUAGUUUCUGUUAGAUUUCGCGUGACGUCACAUCGUAUGAUUCAAUCCGCGGCUGUGAUUGGUUGAAAAAGAUCAGAAGCUGAAUUUCACGUAAACACGCCACGAGAGCCCCGUGUGUACGAUGGACGAUCCCGGAGACUGGAUGAACUUCGGGAAGAUGGACAUGGAUAUUGAUACCUUCCGGACGGAUGGAUUUGACUUCAGUCAGAUCUCGGAUGAAGAUCUCCUGCAGAUGACCGACAUUCCGAACUUUGAGAACUUGGAGCUGCCGGAUAAUGAGGACUUUGGUACACUGUCCCCGCAUAGUGUUCGCUCUGUGGGCUCCCCAAUGAGUCAAAUCUCCAGCAUUGGGGAUGCAGACCUCAAAGACUCCCCAUCGCCAAUUUCCGCCACUCAGACAGUCACCACGAGUCCUCCACAGCCGUCCCCGCAGCCUGUCUACAGUACUCUGAUCCCCACGGAUUCUGUUCUCGCGUCAAACUUCUCCCCGGUUCCGGCAACAACGGCCACAGCCAAUGUGAGCCCCAUGAUUGUGACAAAAGUCGCCCCAGUGCAGCAAAUGUUCGUCAAUUCAACCCCCCAGAAUACCCUAAUCCUGGCCAAGAAGCUCGUGAAGCAGUCUGAGCCAGCAAAACCCAAAGUUAUGCAGCAAGUGUCCCAAGUUCUCACCCUGCAGAGUGUUGCGGUGUCCGAUAAGCCUUCAGUACUCCUCCAGACAAACCCCAGUGUGGUGUACUCGACAACUGGGACUCCUGGAACCCUUGUUCAGGGCACCUUGUUGGCAACUGGAAUCCCUGUGAUGCUGGACAGUGAGAAUAAGAUUCCCAUCUCGAGGUGGUCAACAGGGAAGCCAAAGGAGGGCAAACGUAGUGCCCACAAUGCGAUUGAGAAGAAGUACAGACGAAGCAUUAAUGAUCGCAUUGAGGAGCUGAAAACAAUGAUGGUGGGUGAGAAUGCAAAGCUCAACAAGUCAGCUGUGCUGCGAAAGGCAGUUGAGACAAUUCGUGAUAUGCGCAGGCAGAAUGAGAAGCUAAAAGCUGAGAAUUUCAUGCUGCGCUCAGCUGCAAAGGAUGCCAAAUCCCUCAAAGGGUUGCUCCUGAGUGGGCAGCCACAGAAAGAGGAGUACAUAACGCGUUCUGCUUCACUGAUGACACCCCCACGAAGCGAUGAAUCCAACCAUUCAAUGUCCCCGUCGCCAUCGGAAGUUUCCGGGCCCCCGUCGCCGUAUGAUGAGCACAUCAAGGAGGAACCGGCUGAGGAGUCAGAGAUCAUUCGAUCCGUUAAACGUGGCAUGACGGCAAAUUCACGCAUUAUGCUCUGCAUGGUUAUGUUUGCAGUUCUCGCGGUGAAUCCCUUCAAGCACGUUCUCUCCCGGACUUCGGGAUCUGAAAGUUUCUUCGGAGAUGACUCAGCUUCCUCAAGGAGAAUUCUUUCCACGGAUGACUACGCAGACUCCCCACUCUCAUGGAAUUCUUUCGGAGGAUCUUUCCUUCUUUGGUUCGUCAAUGUCAUCAUAGCAUGGUUCUGCUUGAUAAAGAUGCUCGUCUAUGGGGAUCCUGUCCUCAAUAGCAAGUCUAAAGUUGCUUCAGAGUUUCUUCGUCACAAAAAAUCCGCAGAUACACAGUUCAAGGCAGGAAAUGCAGUAGAAGCGUAUGAGGAGUAUAAGGAAUGUUUGCAGAUAUUUGGUUUAUCCCUCCCAACGUCAAGACUUGAAUGCUUCAUGGCUAACUCAUGGCAGUACAUUAGGACCCUGCUGCAUCGAUUGUGGAUCGGACGGUGGCUUAGCAGGAAGGCUGGAGGACUUUUCUGUCCACCUCAAGUUCGAACGGAAGCUCUGACAUCAGCCAGGGAGAUUGCUCUGAUCUAUCACAGGCUAAACCAACUACAUUUGGCAACUGAUAUGAAGGAUCCUCAUGGACUCCUUCUUUCCCUCUGCUCUGUCAACAUGGCUGAUGCUGCUUCACAAAUUAUGCCUCCGGAUGAAUUGAUGGAGAUCUACUUAACAGCUGCAUUACGCGUUAAGCAAACCUACCCGAGAUUCCUUAAAUUCUUUUCACGCUACUACGUGAGUAAGGCCAAAGCAGAACGUCUGGCUGUUUGUGGGAAUGUCCCGGCUAAGCUUACGUGGCAAUUCACGACCUACGGCUAUCGGUACUUUGUGAAUCACGUUUUUCACUUUGGCGCAUCAGGACUAAGUGAAGAAUUCAGUCAGUUGGAAUGCAAAUGUGACCCGUUGGCCUUUGCAACGCGUGAAUAUCGUGAGCAUUUGCUGAAGAGGGCACUUCAGUGUCUUGUUGGAUGUGGUAGUGGUGGAACGACGGGAUCAAAGGCUGCAGCUGACAAGCAAACAACGCUCGUUACAUCAGUGGCAGGAACACAAAUUUCUGACGUUUUGUGCUACACGCAACUCCUUAUUGAUACCCUUAAGGGGCAUGGGAGUGAAGAUCCCCUGGGACGUGUUGAAAUCCUCGAAAGGGAUUCCGUGACAAAUUGGUGGUGUAGUCUGAUCAGUGUUGCUGCUUUCUGGCUUCUUGGGGAGGAUGAGAAGGCAAAGGAUAUCUAUGCACGUGUUGAUGUUCUCCCGAAAGUUCUUCAGGAUGCUACGGAUGAGCUUCCUCUGGCUCUUUUAGCAGCCUUCACGGCCAAAAAGAGACUUUUGGAUGAGAAGGUUAACUUCUCUGAUGUCUUCAAUGAGUUGUUGAGUGGAAGUCAACAUCUGCGGACGAGUUUGAACUUCAAUAAAUGCAGCUCAGCGAGGGAACCAAAACUGCUUGUUCAGCUUCUCGUUUGCGAUUGGUUGUUGGAGUCUCGUACAGCUCUGUGGGAAUUGAGUGUGAAGACCGUUCCGAAUUACACGCCAGUCUGUGACAUUACUGUUCGUCAUUUUCAAGAAGAUCUGGACUUGCUGCGUCUCAUAACAGACGGCAUACCGACUUGCGUGCUGUUGCAGAAUGUCCAGCAGAGGGUCUACCUGUACGAAGCGGUGUACAGAUUAAUGGCCGGUGCGUCUCCGGGGAGGACUCAGGAGCUCCUUGAUAGGACUCUGCGUCAUCGAGCGGUGAAGCCGUCAAUAAUCUGCGGUAAGGAUCGGAGUCAGCAGCAAUGGGAGAGUGGGGAGAGGCAGAAAGCAGCAGCGCUCUACGUUGCCUGCAAGUACCUCCCGGCGCCGCUUCUGUCCACUCCGGGAGAACGAGCGGGAAUGCUGGCGGAAGCAGUCAAGAGUCUGGAGAAGGUGGGAGACAAGAAGCGUCUGCAGGAUUGCUACAACCUCAUGAAAUCCCUCGGAAGUGGCACAGUUACAAAUUAAAGAAGAAAAAAAACUUUCUGCACUUUCCAGUUUGUGUUUUUUUUUAUUUUUUGUUUCUUUCACAUCAUUUUCAUUGUACAAAAUCCUUUUUUUUUUAAUUUUCAUUUAAUCACAUUUUUUUGAGACUUUAAGAAGUAUUUCAUUGCGUUAAAUAUAAACCUUUUUGGGAAGCUUUAAGUAAAUAAAAAAAAACUUUUUGUACUUUAUGUGGUAAAAAAAACUUUCUGAUGGACUCAGAAUUUAAAUAUUAGAAUAGAUUCUUUAGUUUUUAAGGAAUAUUUAGUAAGAGAUUUGUAGUGAAAGUUUUUUGCAAAAAAAAAUAAAAUUUGCGUUAAUUAUUUAAUUUCGUCACAAAGACACUAAAAGAAAUUUGCAAAAAAAUAUUUAAAAAUAAAACUAUUUUCCCACGUAAUAAUUAUAAUAAUAAACCUCAUAAAAAGAGGGAAUAGUGUUGUGUUUAUUAAGGAAUAAUAAAGGAUAAAAAUGUUUAAUCUCGAA